GUUUUUCUAAAGUGACCACAACUCAUUUCUUUGAACACAACUCAUUUCUUUUGUUCAUUAAAGAUAAUUUUUCCCAUAUGGGUUACUCCUUUGAUUUUUUCGGGAGGCAGCUUCUAUCCUUUUGGUCUUGUUUGUUUAUUAUGAUUUCUGGCCUUACAAUUAUCAAAGCCUUAAGAUCUCACAAAAAUGAGAAACCAAAACUACCCCCUGGUCCCAAACCUUGGCCCAUGAUUGGUAACCUCCCUGAAAUGCUUACAAACAAACCUGUGUUUCGGUGGAUACAUAAUCUUAUGAAAGAAAUGGACACUGAAAUUGCAUGUAUUCGCUUAGGAAAUGUCCAUGUAAUUCCAGUGACAUGCCCCACCAUUGCACGUGAAUUUUUAAGAAAACAAGAUGCUACUUUUGCUUCAAGACCAAUAAGUAUAACCACACGUAUCAUCUCUAGUGGAUAUGUGACAACAGCUCUUGUACCCUUUGGUGAACAAUGGAAAAAAAUGAAGAAAAUCAUAGUCAAUGAUUUGUUCUCUCCUCGUAGGCAUCAGUGGCUCCAAGACAAAAGGAAUGAAGAAGCUGACAACCUUAUGCUUUUCCUCUUCAACAAAUGCAAAAAUACGAAUGAUGGUAGUCUUGUAAAUGUUAGGAAUGCUUCUCAGCAUUAUGGUGGUAAUGUGAUUAGGAAAUUAAUUUUUAAUAAAAGGUAUUUUGGAAAGGGUAGGGAAGAUGGAGGGGCUGGUUUAGAAGAAGUAGAGCAUGUAAAUGCCAUUUUCACUUUGCUUAAACACGUUUAUGCCUUUUACGUUUCUGAUUAUAUCCCAUUUUUGAGGAUCUUUGAUUUGGAUGGCCAUAAGGGCGACGUGAAGAAUGCUAUGAAGAUCAUGAAGAAAUAUCAUGAUCCCAUCAUUGAAGAGAGAAUCAAGCAAUGGAAAGAUGGGUCAAAGACCGUUGAAGAGGACUUGCUGGAUGUUAUGAUCUCACUCAAGGAUGUCAAUGAUAAUCCAUUGUUGACAGUCAAGGAAAUCAAGGCGCAAAUUAAAAUGGUGGACAAUCCAACACAGGCAUCUGAAUGGGCACUAGCAGAAAUGAUAAACCAGCCAAAAUUGCUUGAACGAGCCAUGGAAGAAUUGGACAACGUGGUAGGUCUAAAGAGACUAGUUCAAGAAUCAGAUAUUCCUAAGCUCAGCUUUUUGAAGGCUUGCGUGAAAGAAACUUUUCGGCUUCAUCCCGUUGUGCCUUUCACUAUUCCUCAUGUUUGUAUGGAGGAUACAGUGGUUGCUGAUUACUUGAUCCCAAAGGGUAGUCAUAUACUACUGAGUAGAAGUGGUCUUGGAAGAAAUCCAAAAGUGUGGCAGGAACCCCUCAAAUUCAAACCAGAACGCCACCUCAAGAGUGAUGGGUCAGAUGUAGUUAUGACAGAGCCAAAUUUAAGGUUCAUUUCAUUCAGCACAGGAAGGCGCGGUUGUCCUGGAAUAAUGCUUGGCACCACAAUAACUGUAAUGUUGUUGGCUAGGUUGCUCCAUGGCUUCACUUGGACUGCACCUCCUAAUGUGUCAAUCAUCAAUCUUGCUGAGUCCAAAGCAGAUAUGUUUCUUGCUCAGCCACUAGUCGCAGUAGCAAGACCAAGAUUACCUGCAGAAUUAUACCACACCAAGUGAACAUGAAGCAACAUUGAUGUUUAGACAAAUAAGGCGAAUGAAUCAGCUAAUAGAGGAUCAUCAUGAAAUUAACUAAAUUUCAUGCAUGUGAAGCAUAAGUUAAGAAGUACUCAAAAUGUUAGUUUAUAAGUCGAUUUCAAGCAACUAUAAUGUGCUAUAUGAUAC